AUGCCCCCCUACGUCUACCAGAGGGCUCACACGCAGGACUAUACUCUCCAGUCGAACGACCUUUUAGGCGGUGGCGAACAUCCACCCAUACGACGACAAAGGUCAGCGGAGAAGGAAGCUCUGACCUCAAGUCAUAGUUCCGCCGCCAGUCUUACAAGGAGCGCAAUGCCUCCGCUUCCAUGCUCUCCCAAUCGGCGAUCUGUCACACCACAGAUACUGCCGCCACUACCUCUCUGUACAGAGUCACCCCUAGGAGCGGCAAUUUCACAGGAGGCCUUGGCCGCCGAUGACCCGGACCUCGUGGAAUUCAAGGUACAGGUGGUCGGAUCACCGGGUGUUGGAAAAACUACCAUCUGUCAACGUCUCACAAAUUUAGACAAGGAAGAUUCAGAUUUCGGUGAGAAGACACUUUUAUAG